AUAUUACACAUAAUUGCUGAUGAUUGUCCAGCUGUUAAGAUUUUAUCAACAUCAACAGUAAAAAAAAGAAAAAAAAAAAACUCAGUCUGUGUAUACUUGUUCUCUUAAUUCUACAUGCAUGCAGACACUUCCCCUUUUUCCAAAAAACAACUCUCGUUGUUCAGUUUUUGAACAAUAAAUAUGUCAACGGUGAGGACCUGAUGCCCUCGAACAUACUGCAGUUUUAUGAGGUCAGGUAAUGGCAUAAAACCAAACACAAAGCUUAAUGUCUGCGGUGCUUCUGCGCCUGCAUAUGUAACAUCUAUAACACUUCCAGGGUGUGAGCUGGUCCCUGUUAAAAAACACUUAAGUCACGCUCUCGUGUAAGCUGUUAUUCUCUGCACAGCUUCCUCUGCAGUGUGUCGGUAAUAACUUUAACACUCCAGAGUAAGAAAGCAAACUGCAAUAUGAGGAAGGGGUGGAGUGAUCACAUUUAAAAAAAAAAUAAGCAUGUAAAUGUGAAAAAAAGAAGCAUCGGAGAGAAGAAAACGUGAGCCAAAAAAGCUUUCGAAACUGCUGAAGCAAACCACAAUCGAGCAGCAGCAAUGGAGUCUUCACAAGGACACGGAGACGGUGAAGCUAAGCGGGAAACACUUGCAGGUGCAGGAUCCUGUCAGUUUUGUCAUCUAACAGUUGGAGGGGCUAUUGCUAUAGCAGCAUUAACCCUGAUCGCAGGACUCCUAUUGUCCUUCAUUUUAUUUGUCAUAUUGACAGCAGCACCAGAAGCAAGUCAGACAUCAAGGCAGGAACUGCUGGAGCAACUGCAGCAGUGCCAGAAACAGCAGCGUGACGUGAACCUGAUGCUUCACACUGUCACUCAAGACUCAAGAUGCAGUUUGUGCCCUGAAAAGUGGCUGUGGUGGAUGGGACGUUGCUACUUCUUCUCAGUCGGACUGCAGGAAAAUCGGCAAUGGAAUGAGAGCGCCGAGUUCUGCCGGCAGCACAACAGCAGCCUGGUUGUAAUCGAAGACUCUGCAGAGAUGGAUUUCAUCCAAGGAGUGAUGAGGAACUUCUCCCAGGUUCCUUUCCUGUGGGUGGGACUGACAGAUGCCAAGCAGGAGGGUCAGUGGCUGUGGGGCGAUGGGAGGGCAGUCCAGCACUACAUGCAGGUGAUGGUGGAGUGGGAUUCUGAUCACAGGGACUGCGCAGACCUGAGGGGAGGCGCGAGUCUGUUCGCCGCUGACUGUGAAGAGUACGGACCGUGGGCUUGCAAGAAGGAGUACUGA